AAAAAAAAAAUACACUUCAAAACGUCAUGGGUGUCCAUUUUCCCAGAAUUGUUCCUGCCAAGCAUAUUCUGCAGCGAGUUCUUUCUACUCAGCGUGUUGCAGACGUACCCAAAGGCCACUUUGUCGUUUAUGUAGGAGAAUUGUGCAAGAAGCGGUUUGUGGUUCCAAUAUCUUAUUUGAAGCAUCCUUCAUUCCAGAAUUUGUUGAGUCAAGCUGAAGAAGAGUUUGGGUUUGAUCAUCCUGUGGGAGGUCUCACAAUCCCAUGUGACGUAGAGGACUUCAUUAAUCUCACUGAUAGCUUGAAUUGCUCAUGAGCAAAGAUCAAGAGAAGAAACUUGUGAAAAUAGGCAUAGAGUACUUUAACCAUGUGACAUCACAUAACCAAAACACCAAUCACUCCAAUUUUGAAGUAAGGGAGUUGGGUUGAAUCUUGUGAAUCCCUUGUAAACUUCCUUUAUUUAUUGAUUUCUUUUUCUGUAAAGAAUAGUGGAAGUAUUAAUCUUAAUCAAAAUGUUGUGUGCA